AUGAUGUCCUGUGGCCGCAGACUCACGACCUUUGCGUCGGUCCGCCCGCGCUUCGUCGUUCGCGCCUACUCCUCGACCGUGCCCCGUCUGAACGGUUCUACUGAAGCCAACGACCCGACCCCGCGGAAGCCCGUGCCGAACGUCUCUGCUACCAAUGCCACCCCUGUCGACUCUUUCGGAGCAAUGGAUGCUGCCCUCCAGGAGACACCCGAAGUCGGCGAGCGCAUCCGGAGCAUGCAGGCCCCGAACCGGGCUACCACCUGGGCGGCCAGCCAGCAGCCGCGCGAGAAGGCCAUGGUUGGACCCCGUUUCGAGCAAACCAUCAUGGAAGCGCAGCCGCAACCAUAUGCCGCUAUCGACCUCAUUCACAGACAGCCCGUCCGCUGGACAAAGUCCAAGGUUGUCAGCUGCGAUGGUGGUGGUGGCCCUCUCGGCCACCCCAAGGUCUUCAUCAACACCGACAAGCCCGAGAUCGCUACCUGCGGAUACUGCGGCGUUCCCUUCGCCCACGAGCAGCACCGCGCUUACCUCAAGUCCCUGCCUGCCACCAGCUACCCCCUUGAGCCCACUGGCGAUGCCGCCGAGGUGAACGAGUCCCAGCGUGUGACAGAGGGUGGCUUCGAGCAGCGAUAG